AUGUCGUCGGAUCUAUCCACUUUGCUUGAAAAUUUGAAAACCAUGCAAAUCAUGUACAGACCUGCCGUGGUCAGCAGACUUGGUUUGCGCCAUUUGACCCGGUCUCUGACAACCCAGCAGCUGGCCAAUCGGGUUCCCGGCGACCGCUACUACGAGAUCAAGGACACAGUGGACGAAUAUCUUUACUACAAGUCGUUGACUCCCAGAAUCAGAGAACUGGUCUACAACAACCGCAAUCCUCCCAAAUCGAUCAACCAGUUCCCUCUGGACCUCGAAGGUAGACCUCUAGUUCCAAGAAAGGUGCCUACUACUCCAUCUGUCCGGAGAUUUGCAUUUUUCAUCGACGGACUGUUAGUCCGUGCAGAGCUUGACGACGUGCUUGCCAUGAUUCCCAAACUCGACCAACAUGCACCUUCUUUGCUAGAAACAUCCGUGAUACUGUCCCUGUUGUACAAGGCGGCCGAGUUCAAGUGUUUAUCCGAGACCUUGAGAUUGAUCUAUUCAACUAACGCUUACAAGAACCGGUUGAAGACGGAGUCUGUGAUUUCCGAGUCGAUUGUUCUGUUGCGUGCGAUGGAGAUCGAGCAGCUAGGAAUUACCGAUGUGGACUGGUUCUUGAGAAAGACCAGAACCGCCAGACACAAUGCAUCGUUCAAAACCACAACAUUAGAAACAGCCAUCAUUGCACAGCUUUCCGCGAUGAUCAACUUGCAACGGGCCCAGAUUGCUGCCGGGGGCCAGUCCGAGGAACGCGUGAACACUUUUGCAGACAGACUUCUGGAGAGACUUGCCGGUUUUUCAGGGUUCCAGAUCGUGGACUAUCACAAGUCCAACCGGAUCUCCAUGUAUUACGGGCUGGAGAACACCUACACGCUUGCCAAAUACCUAGAGAACUGUGUGUCCAAGGCACCGGAACUUCCUCAGACUCCGAAGUACGCCGAGCUCGUGGAGAAGAACAGAGAGUUUAUUCUGGCUGCCGAGAAGUUGCAGCAGGAGAUAGGCAAGAAAACCACGCUUUUGGAAAGCCUGGGCAAAAUCAAGUUCGAGGCCAAGAAGCCGCAACCAUCCGAGCCUGAGCCAAAGCAGGAACAAGCCGCCGACCGACAAAAUCCGCAGGUCGACACGAUGGAAGAGGAUGACGAUGAUUUGAGUGAUUCUCAAUCGGAGGUGGUUGAGAAGAAGAAGAACAGAAGACCCAAGGAGAAUGCGUUCACCCAGCAGAAGUUGAAGGCGUACCAUCCGAUUUUGACUCCGAAGACGGUGAUUCCGUUGCUGCUGGUGAUUGCCAUCAUUUUCAUUCCAAUCGGAGGAGGUAUGCUGUACGGAUCACACAGUGUCCAGGAGUUUGUGAUUGACUACAGUAAUUGCAAGAUUCUUGCGAACGACGAGUAUUUCACCGAGAUUCCCGAACAACUUUACAAGUUCCAGUUCAAGAACGAAAUCACCGUGAAGCCGCAGUGGAAGCUGGCUACCAACGACUCAUACAUAUGGAACGGCUUUGACGAGGAGCGGGACAUUUGCCAGGUCCAGUUCCAAAUUCCGAACGAUAUUGGGCCCCAUGUGUACUUUUUCUACCGGUUGAAGAACUUCUGGGCCAACCACAGAAGAUACGCCAAGAGUUUCAGUGAAGAUCAACUGAACGGAAAAGUUGCCUCCAUUUCGGAUAUCAAGGAUACCGUGGGACAGAAUUGUGAGCCUUUGUCGAUCAACGCAGACGGAACAAGAUACUAUCCGUGUGGAUUGAUCGCCAACUCGUACUUCAACGACACUUUCUCGACCUUUACUGCCGUGAACGACACAAACACCGACUACAUGCUCUACAGAGAGAACAUCGCAUGGUCUACCAACAAAAAUCGGUUCAAGAAGACCAAGUACAGUCCUUCGGAGGUUGUUCCUCCUCCUAACUGGCACAAGAUGUAUCCCGACGGCUACAACGAGACAAACAUGCCAGAUAUCAGCCAAUGGUACGAGUUCCAGAACUGGAUGCAGACGUCUGCUUUGCCAUUGUUUUCCAAGAUGAUUUCCAGAAACGACCAGGACGUUCUGCAUGCAGGUACGUACCAAGUUGACAUUGGCUACCAUUUCCCAGUGACCCCAUACAAGGGCCACAAGUACCUCUAUCUGUCAACCAGAAGCGUUAUCGGAGGAAAGAACUCGUUUUUGGGAAUCAGCUGGAUUGUUGGAGGCGGAAUCUGUUUUGUUUUAUCUUUGGCGUUCCUCAUUGUUAAUCUUGUCCACCCGCGGAAAGUUGGCGACCUUAGUUUGUUGUCAUGGAAUAAAGAGUAG